UGGGCUUCCCCGAUAAAUACAAUGGGUGUUUGGGUCAAAGAUUACAGUGUAUUGUUUGGGAGUAAAUAUGUUCCUUGGUUUGGGUGUUCAAAGAUUACAGUGUAGUAUUGGGUGUUUAUGUUUAAAAUAAAUAUUUUUGAGGUUAAAGUUAAUUUAAAAUAAAACAUCUCUAAUGUAAUAUAUAUUUAGUUUUUACUUAUUAGGACUGUUAAUGUUAAAUAAACCGUACAAAUCACAUAUCAAAAAACAAAAAGUCGAAAAUUGUCACCGAGUCUAAAAAAGUCAAAGGAGUCCUAUUGUUGAUGCACUACGUGAAGUGAACUGUGAAGUGUUGCAUGAGUUCUGUGGUAGACGAAGAGUUUCCCUACUGGUGGUAAAUUUAUUAAUAUUAACUGCCCCUAAAAGUGCCCUUCGAGUCGUUUAUGUGGUGUAGUAGAGCUGACUACAGUGAGCGCUAAAAGUAAAGCAGUACCUAUCAGUUGAGGACUAUUGUAUUCGUGACGACACACCAAUAAUGCGGUGCUGCGUGCCUUUCUGCGAAAAUACUUUCGACAAUAUGUCAACAUCUGAGAGAACAGGAAUCACCUUUCAUGGAUUACCCAGUGAAGGCAAUCUCCGUACUGCUUGGCUCAGAGCCCUCGGCACACAAGACCAUCACCUGCCCGACCCUGCUGUGGUCUGCUCCCAGCACUUCCUAGAUGAUGACUUUUAUACAACAGAGAGUUGUGUGCGGCAGAUUCACUCUAAUGCUGUUCCUUCAAUAGUGCAGAUGUGCAUGAUAUGCCUGGACUCUGACAGCAAGCUGUCUCUAAUGAGUAAACACAAGUUGGACGAGGCAUAUGAACAGCUGACUGGACUGUCUUUGUUUCAGUUGUGUCGUCGAGGAAACCUAAAGCAAACGCUCUGUGUGAUGUGUGCUCAGAGAUUGAUCAACUUCAGCAGAUUUAGAGACUUGAGCUUGAGAGCCCAUUCACUGCUGACGGACUCAGUUGAACAACGUGCAUCAAAUACUAUACAACACAAAGAAUUGAUGAACUGCACAAGUGCACAUCUGAAGUGCAAUUUGACACAAACAACAUUAGGAGCUAACCAUUGUGACUUGUACAUAGAUCACACUGAUGGAGAGGAAUCUGUAGUGGGAGAUGUUGCAACAGUUGUGGUGAAGAAUGAAAACAGUUCUGACUCCAUGUCGAGUGCUGAUAACUUGGAAUUGGCACAAGAAGAUGACAAUCACAUAGACAAUUCCAACAAUGAGUGUGCAUCUGAUGAUGAAUACUCUGACAUGAGCAUAGAGUUGGAGUCUAGGCUACUGGACGAAGCUAUAAGUCAAGCUCUUCGUAGGAAAGCAGACCAUGUGGCCGCAACACAGAGUUCCAUAAAGAGUGAAAGUGAUAUCUUCCAAUGUGAAUUUUGUUUUGAGGACUUUGUGCAAGAACUUGCAUACAAGGAACAUAUGAGCAAGCAUCUCCAGAGUGCUGCCAGCGGUGCUGCUCGUGCAGCUGUGAGCCGCAGCUGUGACUCACUCGUGCUGCAGAACAAGUCAGUAUACAACGACACUGCAUGUGCUGCAUCACAAGUGUGCGAGCCUCGUGCAGCUGUGAGCCGCAGCUGUGACUCACUCGUGCUGCAGAACAAGUCAGUAUACAACGACACUGCAUGUGCUGCAUCACAAGUGUGCGAGCCUCGUGCAGCUGUGAGCCGCAGCUGUGACUCACUCGUGCUGCAGAACAAGUCAGUAUACAACGACACUGCAUGUGCUGCAUCACAAGUGUGCGAGCCUCGUGCAGCUGUGAGCCGCAGCUGUGACUCACUCGUGCUGCAGAACAAGUCAGUAUACAACGACACUGCAUGUGCUGCAUCACAAGUGUGCGAGCCUCGUGCAGCUGUGAGCCGCAGCUGUGACUCACUCGUGCUGCAGAACAAGUCAGUAUACAACGACACUGCAUGUGCUGCAUCACAAGUGUGCGAGCCUCGUGCAGCUGUGAGCCGCAGCUGUGACUCACUCGUGCUGCAGAACAAGUCAGUAUACAACGACACUGCAUGUGCUGCAUCACAAGUGUGCGAGCCUCGUGCAGCUGUGAGCCGCAGCUGUGACUCACUCGUGCUGCAGAACAAGUCAGUAUACAACGACAUUGCAUGUGCUGCAUCACAAGUGUGCGAGCCUCGUGCAGCUGUGAGCCGCAGCUGUGACUCACUCGUGCUGCAGAACAAGUCAGUAUACAACGACACUGCAUGUGCUGCAUCACAAGUGUGCGAGCCUCGUGCAGCUGUGAGCCGCAGCUGUGACUCACUCGUGCUGCAGAACAAGUCAGUAUACAACGACACUGCAUGUGCUGCAUCACAAGUGUAGCUCU